AUGUCCGUCGGCACGGUGCUUGCUAAUGCAGCGGCCGCGGCGCAGUGUCUGGUGGAUUUGGCGGAGCAUGGGGAGGAGAUGGUGCCGUUGCUGAGGGGGGAGUUUGAGCGGGUGGUGGUUACUGGUGGUGGUGGUGAUGGGAUAAUCACCUUCGAACGUAAAGUCCCGAAACCUUUUACUCUCCCAGACGGUACGCGACUCAAGGCAGGUGAGCAUAUCGCGGCGCCGGCGUUUCAUGUUGGCUGGGAUCCGGAGUAUAUUGAGCCCCCGGAGGUGUUUGAUGGGUUGAGGUUUCAUUGGUUGAGGAGUCAGGGUGGGUUAUCUGCUACUACUACUACUGAGGGGAGUAAGAAUGGUGAUGAGGGUGAGGACACAGUCUGGAUUAGAAGGAGGAAGAGUGGUGAUGAUGGGACUAUGUAG